UACUGUAGGUAGGUAGAUAGAUACGUACAUGGUAGAUACCUACCCACCCAGUGUGGGUACCUAUCCAUACUAGUAGGUAGGUAGGCACGCUGUGGAACGAUGAGACGGAGCACCUGUACUGUAGAUCUGCUACUACCCAUCAUUCCGUGUCCUAUGGAUUCGGGUUCGCAUUCCUCAUCUCCACCUUGGACGGACGGACUGACUCUCGACGAUGCGAUGCGACGCUUGAAUGUCGACCGACAACGGCAGGCUGGCUCAAGUGCAACAUGCCUCUUCUCCUGCCUGCCCGUCUUCUGUGCAUGCGGCAUUGCCCAUCCUGACUGGCAUUUCCAAAUAAUUAAACAAAUAAAUAAAAGUGCACCUGCCAGUACGCAGUUUCGGCAAAACUCCGAGGCAUUCCAUUCCAUACUCGUCCUGGUCGUUGCACGUAUUCCAAAAUCUUCACCAUGCGUUGCAUUCCGAGCCUCUGAAGCAAGACUCCAAGAUCCCUCAGUGGCUCGCUCGCUUUCCGAUGGCAUGGCUUGCUCGCAUUCUUCGAACAGGGGCCACUCCCAAGACUCGGUCGCUACCGGGCAGGGUUGGCCGCAUCGCUCUGGAUUGUCGUAUCUCGCAGCCGACAACGAUUGUAGCCAUGUCUCGCGACAUUACCUUACCGCCGUCAUGAUCCACGCGCGGGUCAUGCGGAUGUCAUGAACACGAGCGGAGUCGGACCUCCGAUCUCCGACCCCAUUCCCCCCAGUCCCUCGGGGUGGGUUAGCCUCGAUUUCACAAGGCAGCAGCAUUUGCACCGUGGUUGCUUUUGUGCGCCCAAUAGACGAG